CACAUAUUCUCUGUAUUUUCACUUUCUAGCAAGUUAGCACCAAUGGCGAGAACAAAGCAAACAGCGAGAAAAUCCACCGGAGGAAAGGCACCGAGGAAGCAAUUAGCCACCAAAGCUGCAAGGAAAUCAGCACCAGCUACCGGAGGAGUGAAGAAGCCUCACCGUUUCCGUCCAGGAACUGUUGCUCUUCGUGAGAUCCGUAAGUACCAAAAGAGUACAGAGUUAUUGAUUAGAAAGCUACCUUUUCAGAGACUGGUUAGAGAAAUUGCACAGGACUUCAAGACGGAUUUGAGAUUUCAGAGUAGUGCUGUAGCUGCUCUUCAGGAAGCGGCUGAGGCGUAUUUGGUGGGUCUCUUUGAAGAUACUAAUUUGUGUGCAAUUCAUGCUAAAAGAGUUACGAUUAUGCCUAAGGAUAUGCAAUUAGCUAGACGUAUUAGAGGUGAAAGGGCGUAAAAUGUAGUAGCCAGAGUUGGUUCAGUGGGGUUUUUGCUUUAAAUGUAUGGAAAAAAUUUGGAAAAUGAAAAUCAAAGCUCUCUUGUUUUCACGAAUAAUUGAAAUUUAGUCACAUAAUG